CCUCUGCUCUUUACGUCCUGCUCUCCUGGCCAUUUGGCACCUCAGUACCACCGUUACACCGUCAUGUCGCUCGGAAAAGUUGCCCGGAGUUUGGUGAAACCGGUCCGGGGUGUCCUGCGACCCUCGGCCUCGCCUCUGAGCCGGAGCUACACCUCCGCAGGCGCUGAGGCCAGAGCGGUGCUGGAGAACGAGCUCGACGGUAUCCGAGCAGCGGGGACGUGGAAAGCGGAGAGGAUCAUCACGUCAAAGCAGGGACCUUCAAUCAACGUGGACGGCAGCCGCAGCAGCAUAUUGAAUUUCUGUGCCAACAACUACCUUGGACUGUCCAGUCACCCAGAGGUGGUGCAGGCAGGGAUUGAUGCUCUGAAGAGAUAUGGUGCUGGAUUGAGCUCUGUCAGGUUCAUCUGUGGCACACAGGAUCUACACAAAAAUCUGGAAAAGAAGCUGGCUGAGUUUCAUGAGAGGGAGGACUGCAUCCUCUAUGCUAGCUGUUUUGAUGCAAACGCUGGACUGUUUGAGGUUCUGUUGGGCCCAGAUGACGCAGUGCUGUCCGAUGAGCUAAACCAUGCCUCCAUCAUUGAUGGGAUCCGCUUGUGCAGAGCAAAGAGGCUACGCUACAAACACAUGGACCUCAGUGAUCUGGAGAACAAGCUCAAAGAGUCUCAGUCGUCUCGGAUGCGCCUGGUGGUGACAGAUGGAGUCUUCUCUAUGGACGGAGACGUGGCUCCGUUAACAGGAAUCUGUGACCUGGCUGAACAGUACGGAGCCAUGGUGUUUAUAGACGAAUGCCACGCCACAGGAUUCCUGGGGCCUCGGGGCAGAGGAACAGACGAGCUCCUGGGAGUGAUGGACAGGGUUCACAUUGUAAACUCCACCCUGGGGAAAGCUCUGGGAGGAGCAGCUGGUGGCUACACAGUUGGCCCGAAGCCUCUCAUCGACCUGCUGAGGCAGCGCUCACGGCCGUACCUGUUCUCCAAUUCACUCCCCCCUCCUGUGGUGGGCUGCUCCACCCGGGCCGUGGAGCUGCUGCUCGCCUCCAAUGAGAUUUCACAGAGCAUGACAGCCAAAACCAUGAGGUUCAGGAACAAAAUGACGCAGGCGGGCUUCACCAUCGCAGGCUCGGCUCACCCCAUCUGUCCCGUGAUGCUGGGCGACGCACGGCUGGCCUCUGUGAUGGCCGAUGAUAUGCUGAAGCUCGGAGUGUAUGUGAUCGGUUUCUCCUUCCCAGUCGUACCAAAGGGCAAAGCCAGAAUCCGCGUUCAGAUUUCCGCCGCCCACACAGACGAAGACAUCGACCACUGCGUCGACGCUUUCAUCCAGACGGGCAGAAAGCACGGAGUCAUCUCCUGAAUGGGACACAUAAAUCAGGAAGAUCCAGCAACCAGUAUGAGUUACUGAACAACGCUGAAGCGCUUGCUCCUGCAGAUCACGCUGCCUGUUACCCAGGACCUAUCAAUGAUGUGGAAGGAAAUAUUAGUUACAUUUGUAGGUCAACGGAGAUUAUUGUUAUUUUUGUGUUUGCUUGGCUGAAUAAAGCACUUUUGCUAACAGGUGAAGGUGUUUGUAUUUUAAGAAAAAAGGGCUGUAACACAAAACUGUACAUGAGGGAGGACAGAUUGAUGUUUUAAUGAUUGUGAGGAUAUUUUUUUAACACAUUUAGAAAUGUGGUUCAUUAUCAUUACUUUCAUUAUAAUCAUUUAUUCAAAUCAAAGUCAACUCCUUCAAAACCAGUGACAGAACUGGGGCUCUUUGUUUAUGCUUACUAUUGAAAAAGAUAUGGGGAUUUUUUUAAGGAUUAAUCCCCAGCAUUUAUGAAAUUUGACAGUAUGGGCUUAAAUAAUGUUUGUUGCAACACGUGAGAGCUGCUUUGUCUCUUUCCUCUGGAGAUGCAACAUCUGAUAUGCAGAUUCUGAAUAUGGAAAAAUUCAAAAUAUUAAAGUCUGCCUUCACUCAAAUGUGUUUUUCUUGUAAAUUCACCUGCAGAAUAAUGCAUGUGCAGUUCAGCAGAAUCACCUGGUGAAGCAGGAGUUUCUAUGUGCUUAAAUCUCUAAAAUAUAAUGUGAAAACAAUCCUCCAGUGAACAUACAAUGAGAAUGGAUUGUCAAUGAGGUAGGAGACAUGUUUUUCUUUCUGCUAUAGUUCCUACAUGAAACCGUUCACAAUAAGGUCUGUGGAUUAUCUUCAGUAACCAGACUAUGAUAAUGAUAAUGUAGCUCAUAGAUACGUGCCUGUAAUAACACACACACACUGUGUAUCACAAUCUUUUAACAAGACUUGGACAGCUGUUGGCCUGUCCACAUCAUUGAUAACUGGCCAAUAGAACUUGGUUGCGCUUAAAUCCAACUUCUGUAGAGGAUUAAAUGUGAAUUAUUAACUGACUGGGAUCCUGUGAGAACUAUGUCAGUCUGAGUCCAGCGCUGCAUAACUUUACCUGUGACCUGAAUAAAAGGCCUGCAUUCAUUGAGACCA